AUGUCCAAAAAAGGACGCAGCAAGGCUGAAAAGCCUGAAGUACUGAUUAUGUCUUUACAAGCUGCCAAUGAAGAUCUCAGGACUAAGCUGACGGAUAUUCAAAUUGAGCUUCAUCAAGAGAAGUCUAAAGUGAACAAACUUGAAAGGGAAAAAAUCCAAGAAACAAAGCGGAUCCGGGAAUUAGAACAGCGCAAACAGACAGUGCAGAUCACUGAACUCAAAGCUAAACUCCAUGAGGAGAAGAUGAAGGAGCUACAAGCUGUCCGGGAAAACCUUAUCAAACAGCAUGAGCAAGAAAUGGCACGGACGAUGAAAAUCAGAGACAGUGAAAUCCAGAGACUCAAGUCAGCACUGUAUGCAUUGCGAGAAGGGAGUAGUGAUAAAGUACGGACAGCCCUGAGCAUUGAGGCUCGUGAAGAGGCCAGGAAACAAUUUGACUCUGAGCGCCUUAAACUUUUGCAAGAAAUUACUGAUCUGAAGUCUGCCAAGAAGCAGGUGGACGAAGCCCUGAAUAACAUGAUCCAAGCUGAUAAGAUUAAAGCCGGGGAUCUCCGGAGUGAGCAUCAGUCCCACCAGGAGGCAAUCUCUAAGAUCAAGUGGGAGAGUGAGAGGGAUAUUCGCAGGCUGAUGGAUGAGAUCAAAGCAAAAGACAGAACUAUCUUUUCUUUGGAGAAAGAGCUGGAGACCCUGACAGGAUACGUUCAGAAGCUUCAGCUACAGAAAGAAGCAUUGGAUGAACAACUGUUUUUGGUUAAAGAGGCUGAAUGCAACAUGAGCAGUCCCAAAAGAGAGAUCCCAGGCAGAGCAGGAGAUGGCUCGGAACACUUAUUUGUUACUGAUAGAAGACAAUAUUUGGACCUCAGGGAUCUACGUAGAAAUCAGAAGAGAAUGGCAGAACUCAAUGCAACUAUUCGGAAACUUGAGGACCGGAACACUUUACUUGUGGAUGAACGUAAUGAAUUGUUGAAACGUGUUCGAGAAGCUGAAAAACAAUGCAAACCUCUUCUGGAAAGAAAUAAGUGCCUCUCUAAAAGAAAUGAUGAACUCAUGCAGUCAUUGCAGCGCAUGGAGGAAAAACUUAAAGCAAUCACUAAGGAAAAUGUAGAGAUGAAAGAAAAAAUGGUAUCACACCCUCCUCUGAAGAAAUUAAAAUCGCUCAAUGAUCUUGAUCAAGCAAAUGAAGAACAAGAAACCGAAUUUUUGAAGCUCCAGGUUAUAGAACAACAAAACAUCAUUGAUGAGCUGACAAGAGAUAGAGAGAAACUUAUUAGACGGAGGAAGCAUAAAAGAAGUUCAAAGCCAAUUAAGAGGCAUGUUCUGGACACAGUUUAUGGGGGUGAUGAUGACUCCAUGGACUCUGAAACAUCAUCCAUGGCUUCAUUCAGGACAGACAGAACACCAGCAACACCAGAUGAAGAUCUAGAUGAAAGCUUAGCAGCUGAAGAAUCAGAGUUGCGAUUUAGACAAUUAACAAAAGAAUAUCAGGCCCUCCAGAGAGCCUAUGCAUUAUUGCAAGAGCAAACUGGAGGUAUAAUAGACGCAGAAAGAGAAGCCAAGGCACAGGAGCAACUCCAAGCUGAAGUCCAGAGAUAUAGAGCAAAAAUAGAAGAUCUUGAAAAAACAUUGGCCCAAAAAGGACAGGACUCACACUGGGUAGAAGAUAAACAACUUUUUAUUAAGAGGAAUCAAGAGCUUUUGGAUAAGAUAGAAAAAUUGGAAGUAGAGAACAAUCGACUGCAACAGGAGCUGCAGGAUGCCAGAGAUCAGAAUGAACUCUUGGAAUUUCGAAAUCUAGAACUUGAAGAAAGAGAAAGAAGAUCUCCACCUUUUAAUCUACAAAUCCAUCCAUUCUCGGAUGGUGUAAGCGCUCUGCAAAUCUACUGUAUGAAAGAAGGUGUCAAGGAUGUUAGCAUUCCAGACCUUAUAAAGCAAUUAGACAUCUUGGGUGACAAUGGGAAUUUGAGAAAUGAAGAGCAAGUGGCUAUAAUUCAAGCCAGUACUGUCUUAUCUCUGGCAGAAAAGUGGAUACAGCAGAUUGAGGGGGCUGAAGCAGCUCUACACCAGAAGAUGAUGGAAUUGGAAAGUGACAUGGAGCAGUUCUGUAAAAUAAAAGGUUAUCUGGAAGAAGAACUGGACUACAGGAAACAAGCUCUUGAUCAAGCCUAUAUGAGAAUCCAGGAGCUUGAGGCUACCCUUUAUAAUGCUUUGCAACAAGAAACAGUGAUAAAGUUUGGAGAACUGCUGAGUGAAAAGCAGCAGGAAGAACUUCGAACUGCUGUAGAGAAAUUGAGAAGGCAAAUGCUGAGAAAAAGCAGAGAAUAUGACUGUCAGAUCCUCCAAGAGAGAAUGGAAUUGCUUCAACAGGCGCAUCAGAGGAUCCGAGAUUUAGAAGAUAAAACAGACAUCCAGAAGAGGCAGAUAAAGGAUUUGGAAGAAAAGUUUCUAUUUCUUUUCUUGUUCUUCUCUCUUGCCUUUAUUCUUUGGCCUUGA